AUGGGCUUUGCCCCAGUGGUGAUAAUCUUCACUGUACUCGUCGAUGCUUUGUCAAGGAGAAUUCCCCUUGUUAGAGACAGACCAACCAUUAUAUUUGGUGCUGAUGUUACCCAUCCUCAUCCUAGAGAAGAUUCUAGCCCUUCCAUCGCAGCUGUAGUUGUUGCUUAUCAAGAUUGGCCCGAGGUCACCAAGUAUGCUGGAUUGGUGAGUGCACAAACCCGUCGUCAGGAGUUGAUACAAGAUCUUUUUAAAGUGUGGCAAGAUCCUCAGAGAGGGACUGUAACUUGUGGAAUGGUUAGAGAACUUCUCAUUUCCUUUAAGAGAUCAACUGGUCAAAAAACCCAGAGGAUCAUAUUCUACAGGGAUGGUGUUAGUGAAGGACAGCUCUAUCAGGUUCUGUUGUAUGAGCUUGAUGCGAUUAGAAAUGCCUGCGCAUCCUUGGAGCCCAAUUAUCAGCCACCCGUUACAUUUGUGGUGGUCCAGAAGCGCCAUCAUACACGGCUAUUUGCCAACAACCACACCAAUCAGCGAAGUGUUGAUAGAAAAAGUGGAAACAAACUGCCUGGUCUAUUGCCCAUGUGUAAUUACCUUGAAGAGAUGUGCACUGGUAUGCACAUCCACAGCACUGAAGGGAUCAUCCAAGAAGUAAACAUCAUAAUCGAUGUACAAUGCCGUGGCAAGCUGGAUCCUCUGCUUCUGGCCUCCACUUAG